GAUAAAGGAUAUUUGAUAAUUUGGGAUGAUUUGAAGCGUUUAGGGAGACUAAACUGCGUGUAUAAUUUGCAGUUAAUGAUAAUUUACACGAUUUAAAGACGAAACCCAUUUUGUGAUCCGCGCACCAUGCGCCUCUUCAAUGACGACAAGCCGAAGGAAGUCACUGCAUACCCAGGCUAUGAUCCUGGGUACACAUCGCCACGCCCAGUCGCGCGUGUUAGACCGGAAGCUGAAGAGUUCGCAUGUAAAGCACGUGGCUCUCUCGAGCUUUUCGGGUCUGGUGAGCCAAAAGUCAUACGUGAACCAGUGCGCGAGCCGAGGUGUCAAACCAGUGAUGCAUUGGAUAACUACCAGCUAGGGAGGAAUGGAAUGGUGUCUAACCUACUGGGAGGUCAGGGGGGAGCCCCUCCUGUAUCGUCUCGAGUAGAGCGUGUGAAACCAGAAGCCAGGGGAAUCGCCAAUGCCCAUUCUGGAAGUGGCACUGCGGCACUGUUUACAAAUUAUGGCAAUAUACCAAGAUCUGCACGCGCUGCACCACGAAUUAAACCGGAAGCGGAGGGAGCCGCUGAAGCACACAAGGGUGGAAAUAUCAACAAACUGCUGCAUGAUCCCCGUAAGAUACCACAGUCUGCGAGACCUGUUCCUCGUGUAAAGGACGAAGCCCGUACCAUCGCAGAAAAGGAAGGAAGGUCUAUGAAUAAGAAUCUGACACAGUUUGCCGUAGGACCGAUCAGUGGGCGUCCGGAACCACGUGUAAAAAGGGAGGCGCAAGAUACGGCAGAUAUGGCAAAGGGUGGGCGCAUAAACGAUAUGUUUACACAAUAUGGACGCAUGCCUUUGUCCGCGAAACCUGUUCCGAAAGUAAAAGGUGAUGGAGAGGAUAACGCGAGCAUGGCAAAGGGGGGACGUAUGUCUCGACUGAUGCAUGACGCCAGUAGCAUGCCGUCAGACCCACGCCCUAUCCCCCGGGCAGGCUCGUCUUCAGCCAAGAGAAACAUGAAGGCUCAUCGAGGGCAAAUGGCGUCUAUAUUUGCUCAGCAAGGCAGCAGAACUGUAGCGAUGACGGCAGCACGUUAGGACAUGGACACAUUGUGGACUAAAUCCCUAAUUAAUUGUCUCAUUCUGAUCUCCCUAACAACACAUCCAUGUGGUCAUGGUCAUGAACAUGCUUUCAUUAAUCAUCAUGGAGACGCUUGUAUGUUUGAGAUGGUGCUUUUAUUUCUUACAAAUGUUUGGUGUCAAGUAAUUGUUUAACUUUGUCAUCGCGUGCACGUACGUGAUCUAUAUUCUGCGUUCGAACUGUUAGUUGUUAGGUUUAGCUUUGGAGAAGGAGUAGAAUUAAUCUCUUUACAGAAUCACAGAAUUGGUUGCAACUGAACAGGGUAAGACUAUCACAAGAAAUGACGUACGACCUAUCAGACAAUCCAAUUACCAUUAUUGUCUUUGUUAAUCGUUAUGGACACUUUUUUUUCUAAAUACCAAGCGAGAUAAACAGUCAUUGAUAUCAUAUUACUGAAAAUACAGCGCAAUAUCACGAUCAGUUCUGGAAAACAUUCGAAUUUGAUUCUGUGUUUCCGUGAAAACCCUCCAAAACGUUGUGAUUUGCUCCUAUUGUUUUGCGUGAAAAGGUUGAAGUAUUGUGGUUUGCUUUUAUACGUCAUUGCAUGGUGACUUUCAUGUCAUACGUCAUAUAUCUCAUCUGGGAAAGACAAGUAAACGAAAGUUGACCCUCAAAUUUUAAUUUCAGUGGCAAUUUAUGUUCACGCUACAGUUCUGCAUACUUAACCCAUCACCGUGAUGCAAUAUACACCGCGCACUUGUUUUUAAGCUCUGCAAUAUAUGAUAAAUAUUUUUUUAAAUGCUUCUUGUCUUUGAGAAUCUAAAAGUGAUAUAUUUUGCAAAUUUGUAUGUAUUUGCAGUAUUUUACCUUGAUAUAUUUUCUAACGGAAUAUUCUCCUCUUUAAAUAGAUAUUAUUCGUCUUUAUAAAUUGUGUAUUUUUAAAAUGUUUGACGAGGAAGCUUGGCGUGGCUUCGUUAAAUGUAAUAAGAUACCGUUAUUUUCCAAGCAAUGGUCAAAGUGACUUCAGGACUGGAAUUGAUCAAUUUUAAUAUUAUUGUUUACAAUGUGUUGCCUGCAGUUAUACCAUCCAUAGGUUCAACUAGGACUGCACUACCGUAUAGGCUAAACAGUAAAAACUUCGAUAUAACGUCCAUCUUUUAUAUACAGAAAAACCUCGAUGUAAUGCCCCUCGUUUAAUUUGUCAACUCACAUGUUAUAAUCAACUUUUUUUUUCGGGUUCUCUCUUAAUAUUUUUUUAUACACUUGUGCGCCUCCAUUGAUAUUAGCGCAGAAUUUUCAUUUUAUAUAGGUUACAUGCAUUACAUAUUAUUGCAAAAGAAGAAAACGGAUCGGACGCAACAUUGAUGGCAGUAGGUUUGACGGCUGGCACAGGACAAAAAUCCUAUUUAUAAAAUAUCAAGACUGAAGUAGUGAAGCUUUGCGCAAUAUGAUGUAUGGGAAGUCCUAAACAAUCUUUCUUUUUUGUUAUACCGACAAUCUUCAUGUUUUAAUAAUGGCAAAUAAUUUCUUACAAUUUCGUUUAGGAGAAAAACAAUUUUUAUGUGCAAAAUUUAUUGUAAUUGCAAAGAAAAAGCAACAGUAGGCAUCUAAAGUUUGUUGUUUUGAGGUACUUUUUAAAAGGAAAAUUUAUGAUUAUAUUUUCAUGAAAAGUCAAUAUUGCGCCUCUUAGUUUGAAUAGGAAAUGAAAAUUUGUGUGUGUUUGAAGUUAUCAUUAAUAUCCUUACAGGUUCAGUUCAAAAUAAAAUUACUACAAUGGGGAACAUAUAAAGAAGUCACUUAACACAGAUUGUCUCUGAAUAGGGGUGGUUGCAUGAGAAGGUUUGACUGAGUUGAAUUUGAGGACACGUGUCUCAUCAGGAAGGGUUUGUAAAUGUAGGUAGCUGAAAUGCAUGUUUUUGUUGUAACUUUCAUUUCAUAUUUUUCAUUUAGUCAAAAGUGCAAUUUCCCAUUUUAUAUUUUUGUAUUGUGAAUCACGUCCUCGGCAAUCGUUGUGUAUAUAUGUAUUUUUGCUUAAAGUGUUAUUUACUUAUCUUUGUGUUUUCUUGAAUCACAUGACCUGUAUAUAAAUCAUUCCAUUCCUUUCUGUGAUAUCGUAGGCAUGUGUACUCUUGUUAUUUAGUUUUCCCCGUGGAGCCGGGCAGGUUGUAGUCCCAUCUGUUGUGUAAUUGCUCAAUAUAUUGUUAAAUACCUUGAAACACUUUAAUCAGGACUCACGAAAUGUGUCUAAUUAGAAAUAAUUGAUCAUCUUAUUUGGUGAAAAAAAAUAUUCACCUGAUUCUUCCAUUUCUUUCAUCAAAGCGUUACCCACACCUUCCAGAAAACAAUGGCGUCUAUUAAAAAUAUACGCACUAGUCAUCAAUAGUAAGCUACCUAGAUGAUGGCUCCCAUUAUUCGUUAGUAGCUGUAGAUUAAGGUAAAUAUUCAUUUUCUAAUUUCGUUAAAUUCUGAUUUAAUUUUGGAAACUUAAUUUCUAUUUACAUAUUAUAAGUUUUAUAUCGAACGAAAUUUAAUUGCAGAGAGACAUUUCAAAACUUGUCUCUUAAUAAAGAGUAAGGAUGGAUAUAAGUUGUUCUCUAAUGUUGUGUGUCCGUAAUAAAUCCCGUCCAUUUCUUUUAAAACAGAUAAAAUUCUAAACUCAUAAGAUUCAUGUUCAACCAGUUUUUUCCAUUUUGUUUUCAUCGAUUAUUAAGAAAAAACCGUUUGUAACAAUUUGAUUGUUGCACUGUUUCUCAUGAUCAAAUGUAAAACAAAGCUCACAUGUGUGGACGUUUGUGUAGUGGAGGAAUAAAAACGAGAAAAAUA